CUGACGUUCUAUCUACAAUCAUGAUAAGAUUAGCUGCGAGCCGUCUCGGAGUUAUUAGCUUCUUACAUGGAGUACAAUUGCUUCUUACUCAUGACGGGUAUUUAUAUGUAUGUGUACGCAUCAGAUUACUAUGAGACUGGCUGUGGAAUUGUUUCGUUUCUUGAUGUUAUUACAUGACAUAAAAUGAUGCAAGUACUUUUCGAUGGAUUUUAAUAAUAUAUGCGCCUGCCGAGAUGCAACCUAAUGGACUCUUUUGACCAAGGGGACAUAUACAAUCCGGGGCUUUUUAAAGGCAGAAAUACAGACAUCUCAUCCCUUCGAACUCCGAAGAUGCCGGAAGUGGUCCAAACUGGUGGAAGGGAGGGUUACCGGCUUUUGUUGGAAAUUUUUGAAUUUCCACCAGUUACCGCGUCAUCUAACCUGUCGAUAAGUGAAUUAAAGCCAAAGGAAACCAUCUCUUUUUCACUGAAGUUGAUAUGAGUGACUAUGAAGCUCUUCGACAGAAAAAUAUUGAGGAAAGGAAUGCGCUUUUUGCAGAGUUCUUUCAAAAUUUAAAGAAAGAGACCAACGAGGUGCAAAAAGAGGAUGAAACUAACAAAAGUAAUUUACAAUUAGAGAAUGACGAAAACCUCCCUCCGAGAAAGAGACGCAGGAAGAGCAAAGAUGACGAAGGUACUUUCAAGUCUGCUGGUGUUCGUAUUCAAUUUCGUAAACGGUAUAAUACAAGAAGUAAGGCUCGUGAAUCAAGGAACGAUGCUUCCGAUGCUUACAAUAGCUCGGAUGACGAACAGGAAAGCCGAUCGGGCAGAAAGAGAAAAAAGCUUCAAAUUUUGUUUCCUUGGGCGAAACCAUUCGAACGUACCAUACAGUUGAUGACGCUCAGUUUUCCAGAUCAAGAGGAUCAAAAUACUAGUUCUGAAAGUGAUGAUAUUUUCAUAGGAAGCAAUAGAAGUUCGAGUACAAAUGUAACACGGUCAACUUAUGAUCCAGAAAGUAUACCUUCGCCUGAUGAGAUUACGGAAGAAAUGUUAGAAAAUGUAGCACAGAAAAGCUCUGGUAAAACAUAUUCUAAAAUAAAUGGUUCGAGUUGCCAUCAGUGUAGACAAAAGACAUUGGAUACGAAAACGGUAUGCCGGUCCGGGGAAUGCAUAGGUGUCAGAGGGCAAUUCUGUGGGCCUUGUUUACGUGGCAGAUAUGGCGAAAGUGCUGUGGAUGCUUUAAAAGAUCCUAAUUGGAUUUGCCCACCUUGCCGAGGAUUGUGUAAUUGUAGCAUCUGCAGAACUAGAAAUGGGCAACGACCAACAGGGAUUUUAGCACCCACUGUACAAGAAGAAGGAUUUUCAUCCGUUAUGGAUUAUUUGCAAGUAGCUGAAACUGACAACCCAUAAUUCAUGGAUAAUUUAUUAGGUAUUAUGCAGUAUUACUUAAGACAUUCCUGUUCAAGUUUUAUUAGAAUACUGUCUCGAAGAUAUUUCUAUAAUUAUCAGUGUUUCAUGAUUGCCAAUAAAAACUUGAAAGUUUAACAUUUUA